GAGGUUGAACCUUUUUGAAUUAUUUUUCGUUGCACCAUUUACAUUUUUACAGUGUAGUUUUUCGGAUUUAAUUGAGUUAAUUAAUUAACUAAAUAAAGUUUACUUUCACCGAACUUUAAAAUUAUUGUCAAGUAAUUAAUUGUAAUUCGUAAUUAAUUAUUAAUUACUUCUUUUGUUUUUUCUAUUCCUUGUGUGUGCACUAAACAACUAAAAAACCACCUACCUAGAAAGAAGAGAAUGGGAUUUAGGAUAUCAACUCUGGGCAUAUUACUGCAAGCUUUGUCGUAUAUUUUUGAUGCCAUAACCUUCCUGCCUUAUUAUUUCCUCACUGACCAUGAAGAAACAUUGAGAAAAUCAAACUGUGUCAAGGCAAAACCAGUGAAAGAGAAUGAUCCAUCUAGUCCCUACAGAGCAGUGGAAGCAAUUGAUGGCCUCUACACAUCACCAAUCCCUAACUGUAAUACAAUCAAUGAUCUUUUUGAUUAUGGAGUCAAGAAAUUUACUGAUAGUCCAACUUUUGGAAUGAGAGAAUUGCUUAAUGAGGAAGAUGAAGUUCAGCCAAAUGGAAAAGUUUUUAAAAAGGCAGUUUAUGGAGAUUAUAAAUGGAUGACUUACAAAGAGUUAGGUGGUAGAGUUGAAAAUUUGAGUUAUGGUCUUGCCCAGCUGGACUCUUCAUCUAUGGUUUGCAUAUAUGCUGAAACAUCAGCUGGAUGGCUCACCUCUGCUUUUGCAUGCUUCAAGUGCAACAUACCAGUAAUAACCUUGUAUGCCACACUUGGCGAAGAAGCUAUCAAGCAUGGAUUGAAUGAGACUGACGUCAACAUAAUCAUCACCACAGCUGAGGGAGUUACUAAAUUUUCGAAAAUUUUGAACCACCUACCAAAGCUGAAGUACAUCAUAUACUUUGAUGGCUUUUUCAGUUUGAGUUUGAAGAAGCAGAAUUAUGAUUCAUUUAAGAAUUCAUCUGUUAAGGUUCUCCCUCUGUCUAAAGUUGAAGAGAUUGGCGCUGCAGCUACAAAUAAAUCUGCUUUCCUCAAACGUGUUGCUCCAAAAGCCAGUGACCUGGCUGUUAUUAUGUAUACCAGCGGUUCAACUGGAUCUCCAAAGGGUGUGCUGAUAUCACAUGAAAAUAUAUGCAGCGCUCUUUCUGGCUUCAUUCCCGCCAUUGGACCCGUGAGUGCAUCGGACUCAUGCCUGGCCUACCUACCACUCGCUCACAUCUUGGAACUGUCAGCUGAGUUAGCUUCGUUCAUUUUGGGAGUUAAAAUUGGUUUCUCAUCUCCCAACACACUAACUGACCAGUCCUCGAAAAUAAAGAAAGGAAGCAAGGGUGACGUAUCAGUCUUGCACCCAACACUAAUCGCCAUUGUACCUGUGAUAAUGGACAGGCUGUACAAAGCAGUUUGGGACAGAGUCAAUGCAUCGAAUGAGUACAAGAAAGCUUUUUUUAAGUUCGCUUACGAUUACAAAAAGAAAUGGUACAAGGCUGGGUACAAGACACCAUUACUUGAUAAGCUGAUAUUUCAAAAGCUGCGGAACCUAUCAGGGGGGCAGGUGAGGCUGAUGCUAUCCGGUGGCGCUCCUCUCUCCGAUUCAACUCAGGAAUUUGUCAACAUUUGCUUUUGCUGCCCCGUCGGUCAAGGCUAUGGACUGACAGAGACUUGUGGAGUUGGAACAAUACAGCAUUAUGACGACCGAUCUGUUGGUAGGGUUGGUAAGCCUCUGGCCUGCUGUGAAAUCAAAUUGGUGGACUGGGAAGAAGGUGGUUAUCAUUCAAGUAACCAACCAAACCCUCGCGGCGAGAUAUGGAUAAGCGGAGGGAGUGUGACUUUGGGAUACUACAAGGACCCGGUAAAAACAGCCGAAAGUUUCAAGGUCAUUGGCGGGAAAAGAUGGUUUGCAACUGGAGACAUUGGAACGUUUGAGCCAGAUGGAUGUCUUAGAAUUAUUGAUAGAAAGAAAGAUUUGGUGAAACUGCAGGCAGGUGAGUACGUCUCUCUUGGAAAAGUUGAAACAGUUUUGAACCUGAGUCCUUACGUUGACAACAUCUGCCUGUGUGCUGACCCACUGAAGAACCACACUGUUGCUCUCAUCCUGCCUUACAGGAAGAACUUAAUUCAACUGGCUUCCAAGUUGGGCAUCGAAACAACAGAUGAACAAGGUUUGGAUCUGUUUGACAGGAAGGAAAUAGUUGAUGCAGUGUUUAAAAAUAUCCAGGAAGUAGCUGCAGCAGGAAAGCUUGAGAAAUUUGAGAUUCCAACUCGAAUUAAAUUGGUAAAAGAGCUGUGGACAACUGAUGGAGGAUUUGUAACUGAGGCUUACAAACUGAAGAGAAAGUUUAUUGAAACCUUCCACAAGGAAGAUAUCAAGCAGUUGUAUGCCUAACUGUUUUGUGGACAUACGUGGCAGCCGUUGUUUUUCAUUUACUUGCUUCGUUGUUUUCAUUUUAAGUUGUUUAUAAUCAACUGAAAUUGAACGCCUAUAAUUAAUUUUGUUUAUUUUAUUCAUAAAGAUCAUGAUUUAUUUUUGCUCAUACAACGCACAUACUUAAUUAAUUGUGUUUUUCAAUUAUUCAAAAUUAUUUAAAAUAGCGAGUUUUGGUACUUUGCAACGUAGUUGUGUUUAUAGCUUUUUUUAUUAUUUUUAAAUUCUUGAUUUUGUUUGUUUAAAAUAUGUUUUUAUAUUACUGAUAUGAAGCGAUGUACUUUGAUGUUGUGCGUGACUCAGCAGUAAUUGUUAACAGCAUUCUUUCAUUUUUUUUACAUUUUAUCAUGUUCGUACUAAAACUUGAUUUAAUUUUUUACAGCUAGAUAUGAUUAGAUGCAGGCUCAUUUAUUUUUAUGGAAUAUAUAUUUUUUGAGCUGCCUUCACGUUAUAAAUAUUUACACCAGUUAGUGCGUUGAUAUGUUGUCUUGCGUUUAAUCUUGCGUCUUGGAAAUCGUGUCUGGCAAAACUUGUAAUGCUUUGUGAAGCUUUAAUACACAUCUGACGGGUAGAUAAAGUUUUGUGAUGACUUCUACAUUUCUUUAUGUUUUGAUAAAGAUUGAUUGAUUGAGUAGUGCUUUAUUGUUUUAUUGCAGAAAUUUUCACGCGUUUUACUACAGGAGCUUUGUUGGAUAAAAAUUUUGCGUACAUAAUUAAUUACUGCACAUAAUUACUGAUAUAAUUUUUGUCACUUUUGUGAAUUGCCUUGUGCAUGCAUAUAUCAUUUUGUAAGAAUUGUUAAUAUAACUUAAAAAAUGAACUUUUUGUUUACAAAACAUUUGUAAAAUCAGUUAGACUUGUUUAGUAGAGUCCAUAACUUAAAAUAAUAAAGAAUUUUACGUAGGGUGGCAUUUUCUAAAUAUGUUUAUCAUUUUAACAUGAUCAAUUAGCUUCACUGGGCUUCUUCUCAUUGUUUAAUGCAGUAUAUACACACAUGUUUUUUUCUUAAAGAAUGAAUGUUAAAAGAA